UGGGAGACUCCGGACCCAGGAAGGGGCGAGCCGAGGGGAGGCGUUAGGCAGCCCCACCAACAAGCCUCCCAGCCACCCACCUAAGACCAUUCUUCAGCACCCACAGCCAGGUGUCCACUAGCCCUUCCUACUGCCAAGAUGUCCCUUUCUAAGAAGCUGACUUUGGACAAACUGGAUGUCAAAGGCAAGCGCGUCAUCAUGAGAGUGGACUUCAACGUUCCCAUGAAGAAGAACCAGAUUACCAACAACCAGAGAAUCAAGGCCGCCGUCCCCAGCAUCAAGUUCUGCCUGGACAAUGGAGCCCAGUCGGUGGUGCUGAUGAGCCACCUGGGCCGGCCCGAUGGCGUCCCCAUGCCCGAGAAGUACUCCCUGGAGCCUGUCGCUGGCGAGCUGAAAUCCUUGCUGGGCAGGGACGUGACUUUCCUCAAGGACUGUGUGGGCCCAGAAGUGGAGAAGGCCUGCGCCAGCCCCGAAGCCGGCUCAGUGAUCCUGCUGGAGAACCUGCGCUUUCACCUGGAGGAGGAAGGCAAGGGCCAGGAUGCCUCUGGGAACAAGGUGAAGGCAGAGCCCGAGAAGGUGGAAGCCUUUCGCCAGUCACUGUCCAAGCUAGGGGACAUCUAUGUCAAUGAUGCUUUUGGCACUGCACACAGGCCUCACAGCUCCAUGGUGGGAGUGAAUCUGCCCCAGAAAGCAGCCGGGUUCCUUAUGAAGAAGGAGCUGGAGUACUUUGCCAAAGCCUUGGAAAACCCAGAGAGACCCUUUCUGGCUAUCCUGGGUGGAGCCAAAGUGGCAGACAAGAUCCAGCUCAUCAAAAAUAUGCUGGACAAGGUCAACCAGAUGAUCAUCGGGGGCGGGAUGGCCUUUACCUUCCUGAAGGUACUGCACAACAUGGAGAUUGGUGCCUCCCUCUUCGACGAAGAGGGAGCCAAGAUUGUCAAGGAGAUCAUGGCCAAAGCAGAAAAGAAUGGUGUGAAGAUUACCUUUCCCGUGGACUUUAUCACGACUGACAAGUUCGAUGAGCAUGCCAAUACUGGAAAUGCCACCGUAGAAUCUGGCAUCCCCGAUGGCUGGUUGGGUUUGGACUGUGGCCCUGAGAGCAUUAAAAAGAAUGCUCAAGUUGUGUCUGAAGCCAAGCUCAUCAUUUGGAAUGGUCCUUUGGGAGUCUUUGAAUGGGAAGCCUUUGCCAAGGGAACCAAGGCCCUCAUGGAUGAAAUGGUGAAAGCCACCUCCCAGGGUAGUGUCACCAUUAUAGGGGGCAGGGACACUGCUACUUGCUGUGCCAGAUGGAACACUGAAGACAAAGUCAGCCAUGUAAGCACUGGAGGGGGUGCCAGUCUGGAGCUCCUGGAAGGUAAAAGCCUCCCAGGAGUAGAGGCCCUCAGCAACUUGUAACUGACAGAGUCUCCUUCUCCUGUUUUCUGUCCUCAGCCUUUAGGUUAACUCAGUGCUCUAACAUCUCAGCUUGACUUUGGUUAAAACUACCAGAUAUCAAGACCCAGGAAAUGGGCAGGUAGUAUGUUAUCCACUUCUUCUUACAUCAGUGAAAGCACUUGUUCUCUUUAGCUGUGUCAUGCCUUUGCCUACCCUCUUCAAGAUCUCCUUUGGACCUUUGAACUUCACUGCUGUGCCUCAUAGGGAGGAUAUAUUCUUAAGUUGCCCAUUAAAGUGAGUCAGUAAAGCUGAAUCUCUCAUUUGUCAUGUUUUUUUUUUUUUUAGAUAAAUUAUUGGAAAAGAAUAGUUUGAAAACUCGUUAAAGAUUGAGUGUCCAAAUAAACUGAGAAAAAUAAUUAAAUGUAAGAACUCAUUACUAUCAUCAGAGUGCUUUCAUAGAAAAUGUCUUAAUAAGAAAAAUAUAAAUGAAAAAAUAUAUUAAAUCAAGAAGUUGAAAGUAAAGGAAAUAAAUUAUAUACAAAGAAGUUAUUUUUGUGUGCUUGUGGAUGUACACAUAUCUAUGUUAUAUAGGGAGCUAGGAAUCAAACUUGGUUUGUUAAUAAAGAUUUGAUUGUUUUAAUUGUAAUGCAAUAAAUUCUAAAAUUUUAAAAAUAAUUUUCGUACUUUUAUGCAUGAAAGAUAGAGGUAUAAAAUCCUUACUAUAAAAUAGAAAAAAAAUAUUAGAAACAAAAAUACUUAUUAGACAAUAUUUUCCUUAGUUUUGUAAACAAAGGGCUGCUAGAGGGUGAUGCUAUUAACAAAGAUCAAAGUACAGAGAAACUCUUCCCCAUUAUAAUGUGCUAUGUCCCUAUAAUCGAAGAUAAAUUUAUUGUAGUCAAUAGCAUGAAUAAUUGAGCUUCAAAUAUAAAUUUUAAUACACCUGAAAUGUCAAAUUUUAAUGAGACUAUUGAUAAUAUUAUGUUAAUCCCAAGGAAGAGGUAGAGUUUAAGGUAUAAGCUUUAAAAGUAAAAAGACAACGUUUGAAAGCUUUAAACAAGUUAAAAGCACAUUGCUUUUUCACAUAAAAGUUAAUAGUCAAGUGUUGGCCCUUCUCCAUGGGAUCAUAUAUGUUAUGGUUUGGAUAUGAGAUAUCCACCCAAAGAUCCUGUAUGAAUGCAGGGAUUCAGAGGUGAUGUGAUUAGAUAAUGGUAGCAGUAACCUUAUAGGUUCAUCCUCAUUUGAAAGGUUCAGUUUGCUGGGUGGUACUUCUGGGCCAGGGGAGCUACUCAAAGAAAUUGGGUCAUGGAGAUGUACCCUGAGGAAUUACAACAUGUCCCCCAGAUCCUCCUUCUCUUUUUGCUUCCUGUCUGCCAUGUUGUGAGCAGUUUUCCACCACGUUGCUCUUCCACUAUGAUUUGCUUCACCUCAGUUCCAGAAGAAUGGAGUUGUGUAGCCAUAGGUUUAAUUUCUGAAACUAUGAGCUCAAAAAUAAACUUUUGCUCCUCUAGAUUGUUCUGACAUGGUGUUUUGGUCACAAUAAGGAAAAGCUGUCAUGUAGCCCCUGUAACAAAUCUUCUACUUUGAAUAAUUAGGUUUAGUCCUUAUCUGUAGAAUCUGUCUGGGAUUUUGUUACAGGACUAAAAGUCUGAAGGGGAAAACAAAUGUGAAUCAAUCAGUUUUUUUUAUUACUGCAUAUUAAUUAUACAGAAUAAAAAUUUCAUCAGUACAUUCAUAAAAGUAUAUAACAUUUUCAUCAUUUCCACAUCCCAUUAUACCCCCUAACCCAUACAGUAUGAGUUUGGCUUUGGGUUUGUCCUAAAAUACCUUUAUUAUGUUGAUAUAGAUUCUUUUAUCUAGACCUUUAGGACUUUUACCAUGAAGGCUUUUUCUUGAAGGCUUUUUUAUGUCAUUUUUAUCCUUUAUUCUAUUUGUAUUUUUUUUUCAUAUGUUGAACCAUCCUGGUAUUCCUAGAAUGAUACCAACUUGAAAACAGGGUGUGGUCUUUUUUCAUGUGUUGCUGAAUUUAGUGUGCUGGUAAUUUACUAAGGAUUUUAGUGACUACGUUCAUUAAUGACAUUGGUCUACAGUUUUCUUUGAGGGGUACAUUAUCCAGUUUUAAUAUCAUGUUGAUACUGGUUUAAUAGAAUUUUGAAGCAUUCCCUUCCUUUUUGUUUUAUGGAAAAGUUUGAGGACCUUAGGUGUGAGCUCUUCUUUAAAGGUGUGGUAAAGUCCUGCACAAAUCCAUCUGCUCCUGGGCUUUUCUUGUGUCCUAGACUGUGGGUCGUUAUGUUAUCAGCAUCAAAGGAUCCACUGCAUGUAUUCAGAGUGCUGAAUUCAAUCCCCAGCACCACUUUAAGAAGAGAGAAUAAUCACCAGUAAAAAGUUAGAUGCAAACCAGAUCUCAACAUACAAUAAAAAAAAAUUGUUAAACACAAUCUCUGCAACUCUAAUCAAAGUAAAGAAAGGGAAGGAAUGACAUGGAAUACUCUAAAAAGGGACGUUAAUGAAAGUAAAUUUAAUGCUAACAUUUAAGAGAAAAAGAAAUGAGAAGAGAAAGAAAAAGGAGAAAGGAAGGAAAUAAAUUAGAAAUAAGAAAAAAAAAACAGAAAAGUACAUAAGAGAAUUUUUGAAAAAAACAACACCAUCCACCAUCUGAAUCUCUGGGAAGUGUUAGAAACCUAUCCUCCCAUGUCACUCACUACACAGUUUUCUAUCUGCUCAGACUGCAUAUUCACCCAAUAGCACUCUCUGCCUUCCUAGAGGAAGGAACUCUCUUCCAGCCCACAAGGAGUACCCCUAACCCAAUUCAGGCAUCAUGUCCUCAGUGCUGAUUAUUAUUAUUUUUACUUAUUAUUUUUCUUUUUAUUCUAAAAUCCAAUAUUUCUGAGUACCACCCAGUCACUGACUCUUGAGUUGCAUUCCAAUGCUUUCCUAUGGCCCCCCCACCCCAUCAUGCAGCCUCACAUCUUUUCAUUAGGUUCAAUAUCCUGGAGCAGUUGGUAAUUGAUGAGUACCAAAAAUCUGCCAUGUUUUGGCAUUGUUUUAUUUUGAAUACAUCAUUCCAAUAUUCCAAAAAUUAUUUUCACUUACUAUAUUGGCAAUGAGUCAUGACAUAAGGCCUAUUUUUCAAGGGAGGCUUAAUAAUAUAUUCUCUAUAGCUAGAUAAUUUGUACCCAAGUAAAAGUAAGUAGAAUAUCUUAAUAACAGAAAGUAGAAGAAGAAUAAACGCUGAAAAAAAAUUAACAGUUUCUGAUAGACUAUCCUCUGGCCAUUCGAGUAUUCAUGUACAUUUCUCAUCUCACAUAAGAAAACAUAACUAUUCCAAGAAGGACAGUACAAUCUCUUGUACAGUGACUGCAUCCUUUGAAAUUUGGAUCUCUCUGGAUGAUGCACAAUCCAUUCAGUGCAGCACAGAGAAUUCAAUAGUCUGGCAAAGUGAAAAGCAGAGUCAUCAUUUUCAUGCUCCUACUCUCCAUACUCCAUACAAACCAAAUGAAUAUACAGUGGUAAAAAAGAAAUAGAUAACUUCAAUAAAAAUACUCAAUUAAACCCUCUCCUCGGUCUAUACCCAAAGAACUUAAAAACAGCAUACUACAGGGACACAGCCACAUCAAUGUUUAUAGCAGCACAAUUCACAAUAGCUAAACUAUGGAACCAAACUAGACGUCCUUCAGUAGAUGAAUGGAUACAAUAUGUGGCAUAUAUACACAAUGGAAUAUUACUCAGCAAUAAGAGAAUAAAUCCUGGCAUUUGCAUGUAAAUGGAUGGCAUGGCGUUAGAGAAGAUAAUGCUAAGUGAAGUUAGUCAAUCCCCCCCCCAAAAAAAAUGCUUAAUGUUUUUGUCUGAUUCAUAGUUUGGUAGGGAAGGAGAACAUGGAAGGAAUAGAUGAACUCUAGAUAGGGCAGA